AAUGAUAAAAUGGAGUAUUCAUUUAUACGUGCAGUUUAUACACAAAAUUUAAUUAAGUGAAUUCAUGUAUAUAAUCGUUGAUAAGUGUAACUAAUAAGUAAAAUAUCUCAAAUACAAAUGUGGUUAUCAACGUAGCAUAGUUUAACACGGCGUAUACGUAGUGGAAAGUGCAUUUUUCGUCGGUGUCAAAAAGGGAUAGAGUUGAACGGAACAGAGGCCGACGGUGUCCAUGCGAUGCUGUGGUGAGAUGAAAAGCAAAGAGACGCUAUGUGCCGCUUAAAGCGAUGGACACAUACGACUUGUUCGGGGAAGAUGGAUCUGGAAUGUUGGAAGGUCUGCCCGAAUUGGGUAGUGAUCACUUCGACCCUGCGGUGACGGGAGCACGAAAUGCAACAUCGGCCUAUACCCAGCCCACAUACUCGCAAGAGACGCCUCUUCAAAAAUUGGCUUCCUUUGGUGGUACAGAUUUCAAUCACAUGGACCCUAACGCGCAAAGUAUGUACGCUCAGGGAUACGGCACGGACAGACCGAUGGGUCCUCCAGGAGGUGCCUAUCCUCAUCAAAGACAAAUGGCGAGACCACCAGCGCCUCCGCAAGCUGCCGCAGGAGCUCAGUAUCCCUAUCAAACGGACAAUAUGUACUCGAUGCCAGAUCAUCAGCUAGGAAAUAUGGACGCUACUAAUAUGCAGCAAUGGGGUCAGCAUGCCGCUGCCGGAUAUCCAAUGCAUCGAUAUGGACAAAUGGGUGGAUACAGGCAACAGCCCAUGCCAGGAUAUGGCCACCAGCAAGAACCCAAACAGCAGUUUCCACCUACACAACAUCCCAUGAUGCAACAACCGCAUCAAGCCAGUUAUCAGAUGCAACAAAGACACGCUCCGCAUUAUCCUCAAGCAGGUGCGGGAUAUCCGACAACAGCAGGUCAAGGUUACGGUAGUUACAUGCAUCAACGUUUACCCCAUCAUCAUCAAUAUGGUCAUCAAUUAGAUAUGGAGGUCCCGACGCCACCUCAGUAUGGACAAAUGGGUCACGCCCAGACACUUGCCGGCCACCCAUCGUCUCACAACGUUCCAACAUCCGGACACAUACCACAAGGUCCUCAUCCAGGCCACGGUCCAACUCAAAGUCACCCAAGUGCUCAGCAAUUAGCUGCUCAAAACCCAAUGGUACAUCCGACUUCCAUGAGUUACAGUCAAACGCAUCAGACCAUGCAAUCGAUGCAAAGGCCUUUGGAUGUUCAACCUCCCUCGCAACAAUUUUCAUCGAAACAUUCUAAUACGUUAGGAAAUGCCAGUCCACAAUACAGGGCUCCAUUCCCACAAUUAUCUCCUCAAAUGUCGCCAAGACCACAAAUGUCACCCAGACCACCAGCUCCACAAAUGUCGCCGAGACCGGUAAUGUCUCCGGCGAAACCUAACAUGUCCCCGCAUCCACAAAUGCAACAGACAACGUUAAGUCCUAGACCUGCGACUAGCCUUACACCGAAAACAACAACAGCGUCUCCUGCUCCAAUACCGGCUUAUUCGCAACAAAGUACUUUGCAAGCCUUGGAGCAAAUGGUCAUGCCGCCGUCUAGUACAAAUGCAACGGAAUAUCCGACUUAUCAACAACAAAGAAACACUCUCGGGCCACCACAAACUCCCCAAAAUCCUCUCUCGCCCGCCAUGAAUAUGAGGAAUCAAAUGGCGGAGCAACAGCAAUGGUCGCCACAUCCACCGAGACAAUCCACGCAUGUUUCUAAUAUUAACGGCCCUCAAAUGAACGUUAUGGACCAAAAUCAAUUGCCACCCACGAGUCAGGCCAUUCCUUCGUCACAAACACUUCCACCUUCGACGGCUUUACCAAAUCCUAACGUUUCAACCGAUUCGAAUUUAGCAAAUUUUGGUAAUAAGGAUUUGCGGACUGACGUCAGCAAACCGUCGAUAUCGAUGUCUGAAAUACCGACAUCGCAAGUACGAGAACCAACACCUCAAAACGUAAACGUUAGCUCACAAAAUGACUUCAGCUCAGUACAGUCACCUACUACCACUUUACCCGACAAAUUUCCCACUAGUACGACGAACACUGAUUUGAAUCUACCAACGUCUGGUAGUAACACUGUGUCGUCACAUCCACCAACUCCGACACCGUCUUCAACUACAGAUGAUAACGUAACUAAUACCCAAGAGGCGAGUCUUCCUUCAAACGAUUGCAGUAAAUCACAAGAUGAAGUCAGUAACACAAAUUCGACUCAACAACCCACUCAAAGCCAAACCAAUACAACGAAUAGUUUCACCGACUUUAAUUGUGUAUCCAGUAUGUCAGGAUAUCCAAGCCAACCAACUCCACCUAAAACGAAUAAUAUGGACGAUUUGGUUCAAUCAAACGUGCCAAUGUUUAGUCAAGAUAAUUCAGUCUCACAAGAUUCCAUACCGGAAAUGAAUAAAGAACUCAGUAAUUUACAACCGACACAAACACAAACAUCUAUUAGUUUACCAACUUCGGCUACUCAAACUAACGUGAGUCAAACUCAGCAAAAUCACAUGCAACCAUUGACGAGUCAACCACAACAGCCACCUGCAGUACAAUUAACGAGUAACUCAAUGCCUCCAAUACAAAUCAUGCCUAAUGCUCAACAACAACCCCAGCCUAUACAUAAUCAAGGUCAAACGCAACCUAUGCAAGGUCAAACAAAUAUUCCAACAAGUAACAUGACGGGAAUGCCUCCUCAAGGGAACAUCAAUGUUCCUUCAACGCAAGUCCCUCCAGUACCACCUCAUGGGCAAAUUCCACCUGUUCCUCAAGGUGGUAACAUGCCGCCUCAUACAAAUAUCCCGAAUAUGACACCCAACAAUCAAGCGCCGGUUAUGUACGAUCAGAAUGCAACCAUGUUGGGACCUAACGGUAUGCCAAUGGGAGCGCCAAGAGGAAUGGGUCCGGGGUUACCUCACGGGAUGCCACCGAUAGGUCAUCCGGGCAUGACAAUGAACAUGGGUCAUCCCAUGAUGCCCAACAUGAAUGCUGGACAUGGCAUGAUACCUGGUUCUGAAAUGGGAUACCAACCACCGAUAAGUCACCAUCAGGAAAGAGCAGCAUUACAACAACAACUGCAAGAAUUGUAUUGUAUGCCGCCGGCUCCAGAACAUCAAGAAAAAAUCGCACAUCUUCAAGAACGACUUAAUAUUUUAAGUCAACAUGAAGCAACCGAACAGUGUAAUGGAGGUCCUCAGUGUGUCUUACAAAGUCCACUUUUUACGUCUCCUAUGAUCGAUAGCCCUCAAGUAACGAGUACGACUGGAAGAGGGCGCGGUAAAGGGGCACCAAGGACGAAGAAACCCAGACAGAAGAAAGGAGAGAAAUCAGUUUCGCCUGUUCAUAUGUCGCAAAAUAUUACUAUGAUGAUGCCUUCUCAGCAACUUCCAGUGUCUGAAGAUUGUGUAACUCCAGGUGCCGGGUUGAAUAUUCCAUCCAGUGACAUGUCGGAAAUGACUGAAUUGUCCGUCGACCCGCUAACGGGUGAAUACGAUGAUAAAAAGAAACUCAAAUCGCAGAGGAAACCUCGAGAACCCAAGAAACCGAAAGAACCCAAAAUUUCCAAAGAUGGUAAAGGACCGAAGUCACCCAAAGAUAAACUUUCUAAAGAAAGGAAGAAAAAGGAACCCAAAGAUCCAAAAGUUAAAAGAAAGUACGUUCGUAGGAAAAAAUUGGAAGGUUCAGAGGAAAGUGCGACAGAUGAGUCGUUUAAUAAGACUUAUGAUAACGAACAUCAAAUGAUUUCGUCAGAAGUUUCAGCUGAAGAACACGGAGAUGAUUCCAAUACGCCAGAUUCAGGUGAUAUAAUUGAAUCUGUUAAUAUUCCCACAGAAGAAAUGCAAGCUGAUUCUUCUCAACCGGCCGAAGCUAUCGAAAUUGAGACGAAAAAAGAUGAAUAUGCAUUUGAGGAUCAACCAGCCAGUCCUCAAGAACUCGGUGAAAUUCCAAGAAAGCAUAGAAAAACGAAACCAGGAUCUAAGAAAGUGAUUUCCACGAAAGCAAAAGCCAAAGGUGGUUUGGGAAAAACGAGAAAACGUAAAGGAAUGGUUCAAGAGUCUGAUGGUGAAGGUGAAGAUCUCGCUAGCACGCCUCCACCUUCUCCACCUGAAGAUCCUGAAAAUGCCAUUCAUAAAAGACGAUCGGCGAGAAAUACUCAACGAAAGAAAUACAUAGAUGAUGUUAUGUUACGAUUUUCGGAUGAUGAAUCUCCUGUAGUACCUAACAAAACAAAGAAAGGUGCACUUCCAUCGACUCCUCCAGUGUCUUUGUCUCAGGGUGUUGAAGACAACUCAGGUGAUGGAAGUAACAAAAUGAAUUUUGUUUAUGUUAAUACGACCGAUGAAGAUUCCAUGGUCGUUCAACAUAUUUUAACAUCCAGAAUAACGAAGAAGCCUAGAAAAGUUGAAGGAGUUGUUGAAAUUAAAUCUGAGGAGGCAAAACCACAGGAAGGUGGAAAAUCCGAGGAAGUCGAUGUUGAAAGUAAGGAAGAGGAGACUGAGGAAAAACCAAAAGCCGAACCGAAAGCCGAGGGUGAACAAGGGGAGGAGGACGAUCCAGAAAUGGUCGAUGUUGAAGAGUAUUACGUAAAGUAUCGUAACUUUUCGUAUCUGCAUUGCGAGUGGAAGACUGAAGAAGAGUUGUAUAAAGGUGACAAAAGGAUAGCAAAUAAGAUAAAACGUUUCAAACAAAGACAGCAACAAAAUGUAAACAUUUUCGAGAAUUUGGAGGACGAACCGUUUAAUCCUGAUUAUGUCGAAGUAGAUAGAGUAUUGGAUGUUGCAGAACACACAGAACCGACCACUCAGGAAGUCGUUAGACACUAUCUGGUUAAGUGGCGAGCGUUACAAUACGAGGAUUGUACCUGGGAAUUGGAGGAAGACGUUGAUCCUAUUAAAAUAGAACAGUUUAAGAAAUUUAGACAAAUUCCACCAAAAGAUAAAUGGAAACCAAAGAAACGACCUAGUCCUGAUCAGUGGGUAAAACUGGAUAAAUCUCCGAUUUACAAAGGAGGAAAUAGUCUAAGAGAAUAUCAAUUAGAAGGAUUAAAUUGGUUACUUUUCUCAUGGUACAAUGGAAGAAAUUGUAUUUUAGCCGACGAAAUGGGUUUGGGAAAAACCAUUCAAAGUCUCACUUUUCUUAACGCUGUUUGGGAAUAUGGUAUCAGGGGACCUUUUCUAGUAAUUGCACCUUUAUCGACAAUACCCAAUUGGCAAAGAGAAAUCGAAAGCUGGACCGAGAUGAACGUCAUAGUUUAUCAUGGAUCUGCAGCUAGUAGAAAUAUGAUACAAGAAUACGAAAUGUAUUUUAAAAACGACAAAGGUCACCACAUAAGGGACCUAACAAAGUUUAACAUUUUGAUUACGACUUUUGAAAUAAUUGUCACAGAUUUCGCCGAUUUGAAAGGUUUCAAUUGGAGAAUCUGUGUUAUUGAUGAAGCUCAUCGUUUAAAAAAUCGUAACUGUAAAUUAUUGGAAGGAUUGAGACAGUUAAAUUUGGAACAUCGAGUUUUACUCUCGGGAACACCUUUACAAAAUAAUGUCAACGAAUUGUUUUCUCUCUUAAAUUUCCUCGAACCGCAACAGUUUCCCAGUUCGGAAUCUUUCUUGCAAGAAUUCGGCGCUUUGAAAAGUGAACAAGAAGUUCAGAAAUUGCAACUUAUACUAAAACCAAUGAUGUUGAGGAGGUUGAAAGAAGACGUGGAAAAAUCUUUAGCGCCAAAGGAGGAAACGGUAGUUGAAGUUGAGUUAACGAAUAUACAGAAAAAGUAUUACAGGGCGAUUUUAGAAAGAAAUUUUUCUUUUCUUUCUAAAGGAACUACUCAUGCUAAUAUUCCAAAUUUAAUGAACACGAUGAUGGAGUUAAGAAAGUGUUGUAUUCAUCCGUAUCUACUAAACGGAGCAGAAGACCAAAUCCAGUAUGACUAUAAGAUGGCUCAAGGUGAAGAUCCAGAUGCUUAUUACAAAGCCUUGAUUAAUUCGAGUGGUAAAAUGGUUUUGAUCGACAAACUUUUACCAAAACUGAAAGCCAACGGCCAUAGAGUGUUGAUUUUCAGUCAAAUGGUUCGUUGUUUGGAUAUUCUGGAAGAUUAUCUCAUGUUUAGAAAAUAUCCAUUUGAAAGAAUCGAUGGACGGAUAAGAGGUAACUUGCGACAAGCUGCCAUCGAUAGAUUUUCUCGACCUGAUUCGGACAGAUUUGUCUUUCUUUUGUGUACUAAAGCUGGAGGUUUGGGAAUUAACUUAACAGCUGCUGAUACAGUAAUCAUCUAUGACAGUGAUUGGAAUCCACAAAAUGAUCUUCAAGCUCAGGCCAGAUGUCAUAGAAUCGGUCAACAAAAAAUGGUCAAAAUUUAUCGAUUACUAUGCCGAAAUACAUACGAGCGGGAAAUGUUCGAUAAAGCUUCUCUUAAACUUGGACUAGAUAAGGCUAUCUUGCAAAGCAUGAAUACGUCACAAGGAGGUAAAGAUUCUGGGAGUAAACAGUUGAGUAAAAAAGAAAUUGAAGAUUUACUCAAGAAGGGUGCUUAUGGAGCAUUGUUAGAUGAAGAAAAUGACGGAGAUAAGUUCUGUGAGGAAGAUAUUGAUGUUAUUUUAGCCCGACGAACCCAAGUUAUUACCAUGGAGUCGGAGAAGGGGUCAACGUUCUCAAAGGCGAGUUUUGCAUCGAGUUCGAAUCGAUCAGAUAUCAGUAUUGACGAUCCAGACUUCUGGAAUAAAUGGGCAAAGAAGGCUGACAUCGACACGACUGAGAAAGACGAAACUGAGGAUCUUGUUCUUUCGGAGCCUCGAAGACGUACCCAAAUUAAACGUUACGGACACGACGAAAGCGCCAUCGAUAUGUCCGAACUCGAAAGUUCAUCCGAUUCUGAUUUGGACAACGAGGGUUUGAGUUUGGGAAUAAGGAGUCGGCGAAGUAAACUGAAAAAGAAACGGUUACGAGGUGACGACUACAUUCCAAGAGAAGGUGAUAGAAGCGACAUCGUCUAUGGAAGUUGGGCGAGGAGGGAAUGUUUCAUGGUCGAAAGAGGUUUGUUGACGUUUGGAUGGGGACGAUGGUUGGAAAUUUUACAACACUCCCAAUUGAGGAAAGGCUGGAGAGAACAGGAUGUCGAAGAUUGUGCCAGAGUUAUAUUGCUGUACUGCCUGCGAUUCUACCGAGGUGACGAGAAAAUCCGAAGCUUUAUUUGGGACUUGAUAGCGCCUUCUGAAAAUGGUGAGCAAAAAAUUUCGAGGAACCAUCACGGUCUAAAAGAUCCUGUUCCUCGAGGUAUACGAAACAAAAACAAGAAGAAGGGGAAGGACAAUAGGCAUGCCGCUCUGACUGAUCCCAAUCAUUGGAGCAAAAGCGAGAAAUACGAUGGCGAUAUUUUCCUUGAAAGCAACUACAAGAAACAUCUUGGAAGACAUGCCAACAAGGUUCUUUUGCGCGUCCGAAUGCUUUACUAUAUCAAGCAUGAAAUAAUCGGCGAUCUUGUCCAACACAUCGCUGACGGAGUUCAUGCAAGUGCCUUGCCGAUAAACCCUCCCGUAACGGAGCAAAUGCCUAGCGAGUGGUGGGAUACGGAAUGUGACAAGUCUCUGCUCGUGGGCACUUGGAAGCACGGCUAUGAAAACUAUAUGGCGAUGCGUGCAGACCCCACCCUCUGUUUCCUGUCCCGCUGCGGCCCGCCCUCAGAUCGAGAGCUCCAGAUGGCAACCUCUAACACGCAACCCAAUACGCCUGCACUCAAUGAUGACGAUUUAGACGACGACGACACUAACGAGGAAUUGAGUCUGAAGUCUAAAAAUCGCGAUAUUUCUGAAGUAAAUUCCGAAGGAGCGGAACCUUCACCAGGUCCAUCUGCAUCAUCUGAAACGCAACCACCUGACGGCGACGGUGAUGAUUUAGAUGACAAACCCACGUGGCCGACAAUAACCGAUCUAAACACACGAUUACGACGAGUGAUCACUUCGUAUCAAAGAAACUACAGAAAAGAAGAACAAAAGCUUGCUGCUGCUAAAUCUAAGCCCUCGAUAGAGCCUGCCCUGUCCUCCCCCUUGGCUGCCCUGGCUCAAGUGUCCCAACAGUUUGACGUGAGGGAAGCCGCCGCACUCGGUUUACAAGGAUGGGACCUACAGCAGCUAGCACUCUACCUGUUGAUGGAGAGACAAGGCAAGCAAGCCAUGGAGCACGCUUUGCGAGAACGAGAUAGAGAACGUGAACGUGCUACAAUCGCUAAACGGUGGACGAAACGAGAAGAAGCCGAUUUUUUCCGUGUUGCAUCUUCGUAUGGUGUUAUAUACUACAGGAAGAAGAAAUCUUACGAUUGGACUAAAUUUAAACAGCUGGCCAAAUUGGAAAAGAAAAAUGAUGAUGAAUUAACCGAAUAUUACAAACAUUUUGUUAUGAUGUGUAAAAAACAAACGGGAAUUCAUUCCGAAGAUGGAAGUUACGACACUACCAUCGAACAUAUUAGUGAAGAAAAAGCAAGGCGUACGUUGGAACGACUAGAACUUUUGUCGAGGAUAAGAGAAGAAAUAAUUACACAUCCGAAAUUAGACGAACGUUUAAAGGUUUGUGUUACUUCAGCUGAUAUGCCUGAUUGGUGGAUCGCUGGAAAACAUGACAAGGAUUUAUUGCUGGGAGUUGCAAAACACGGUCUUGGUCGGACUGAUUAUUACCUUUUAAAUGACCCGGAUUUAUCCUUCCAAGAAAUACUACGUAAAAAGGUUCAUUCGGAAGCUUUAGCUGCCGAAAAUAAAGAAGCAAUUAAACUCGAAAGUCACGAGGAUAUUCUUAAAUUUGACAAAGACGAGAUUCUGGUAAAACUCGAAAAAGGCGAAGGUACUUUGAAGAUUGAAAAAGUUGCCGUCAAAAAGGAAAAUACCGAAGAAAAAGAAAAGAAAGUUGAGGAGAAUAGUAAGGUUGAAUUGACAAUCGUCAAAAAUGAGAAAGGCGAAUGUGAGGAAAAACUUAAACCUGAGGAACCGGAAAAAACACAAGUCGAAGAAGAAAGUACUGAGGAAAAAAAUGAAACUCCUGAGGUAACAGAAGAACCACAACCUGAUACGUCCGAAGAUAACAAAGAAACAUCUGAAACUAAAGAAGAAGAACCUAAACCGGUUGAAGAAAAAGAAGAAGUAAAACCUGAGGUCGAAAAUAAGCAGGAAACUGAAUCCGUUUCCAAUGAAACUGUCGAAGAGAAACCUGCAUCUUCAGAUACUCCAGUAAAUAAAGUCGAAGAAGAAGUGCCAAGCGAAGUCAAGGAAAAAGUCGAAACUAAACCUACAAAAACACCACUGGAAGAAGAAUCAGACCUUUGUUCUAAACAAGCAGCCGAACUCAAAGCCAUGUUCCCCGACUUGGAAGUCAUCCAACCUUUAUCUCGUCUUUCUCAAGUCGAUACUUUUGUUUUAAGAGACAAACAAGGCACUGGUGCUUUAGAUUUCAGCGAGACUACCGUGGCUCAAUUGUUUAAUAAUGCGGUAAAAUGGCCUAAAGAGUACGCGAUUCAAGUCCGACUUCAGCACAUUAUUUAUGCAAUUGAAACAAAAGAAUGGCCAGCAACGAAGAAUUUCUCGGCGUAUGCUACAGGCAUCGGAAACGAAUUUGAUAUACCGAUUCAUGAAAUACCGAACGAUCCACCUAAACGCGAUUCUUCGACUCCGAUGUCGUUAGGAGACGAAAUGAUUUCGAUUAGUGAAAGAAGCAAUUUGAAUAAGAAGCGAAAACGUCAUAUUGCGAUCGAUGUUGAAACUGAGAGAGCAAAAUUACAUGCGUUGUUAAAUAGCAGUCAUUUGUCUAAUCCCAAACAUGGGUUAUCAUGGGAUGAGGAUUCGGAGGAUUCGAGGAGAUCGACACCCGUUCAGGGUAAUCUUCAACCGCCGCCGGCACAUCAACAGACAGGGAGGUUGUUAAACAUGCCGUAUGAUAAAUAUUCCGCUAAAACGAUUGGACAAACGACAGUUAUUCCAGGAACUAGUAGCACUUUGACGCCUAUUGAUUUGAGUUCAAGCAUACAAAAAUCAGGCGAUAAAAAUACCAUGGACUUGCAAAAUGAGGUUCAGGACUUUUCGAUGCCGUCGAAAAAGCAAUCCGCUUUGGGGGGAAAAUCUAGCAACAAAUUAGACGAUACUUUAUCGAAGUUAAUGAAGAGGAAGAAUUGCCCUGUGGAAGAACCCGUUGUCGGCAAGGAAAAGAAACGCCGUAAACUCGACGAGAUCGUCCUUGGUCUGUCAGCAGCGAAAGAGCAGUCUCUGUUUCCUGAAUCAUCGAAAAAACCUACCGUAACACCCAGUGUAACCGUAACUCCCACUUCAGCCCCUGUAAGCUCCUCCCAUAACAUGUCCCAAAAACCGUUCACGAUAACCGUAACUUCUGUCCCUUCUUCAGCUUCCUCGUCCCGUAACAGUUCAAUCCCGAACAUUCUCCCUUCGAGUAUGUCAUCUUCAAGCACGUCGAAAGACAGUUUUUCAUCAUUACUUGCCCAAGCCGAGCAGCAAAACCUCCUGUUGAAAAAACAACAACAACAGAGGAAGAGUUACGAAGCGAUGAUCGCGGAUAUAGGUAGUUCUAAAGUAAAUUCGUAUUCACAUGAAGCUAAAGUUAAUAAAUGGUUAGCGGAGCAGAAUGCUGCAUUGGCCGAACAGCCUCUGGGAGCUGAUUACUUAUCGCCGAGAAGACGCCGUCCGAGGAUCGAUCCCACGUUGUUGGAUUGGAAGAAACUCACAGGGGAUGAAAACGUCUCAGUCAUACAUAGAGUGUCUGGGAAGAAGUUGACAGGUCCGAAAGCACCGACCUUGAAGCGGUUAGGACAAUGGUUGGUUGAAAAUCCGAUGUAUGACAUUGAUCCGAAAUGGGCCGAAUUGGUUAAAGAACGGGGGAAUUUGAGUCACGAUUUGCAAAAACGCGUUCCUGGUUCAUCAAGUUCGAAGAAGACUCAACCUGGAAGACCACCACUGUUGUCGAGUCCAACCGGAUCCACUUCGAGUGUCAGUUCUGCCAACAUAAGUACGUCAAUUCCGUCAAGUUUGUCGUUUCCGACAUUGAGUGCAAGCGGUUUGAGUGGGAUUAAUUCGAAUUUAUUGUCGGGAUUAUCUGGGUUGGGGCAAUUUGAUCCUAAAAACCCAUUGUUGAUGCCUUUUGCUGGUUUGCCGAAUAUGAAUGCCUUGAAUUCGAUGGGAAGUUUGGGGAAUUUGUCUAAUAUGAAUUUGUUUGCAAAUUUGGCCGGGUUAGGGUUGCCCGGAUUGGGUGGUAUGGAUGCUACUAGUUUAUCAAGUGAGUCGAAAAAUUCGAGUAAGAGUAGCAAUAGUAAACCGCAAAAGCCUCAAGAAGCACACAGUAGUAGCAAAUCGCAGCCUUCAUCAAGUAGUAGUUCGAUUCCGACUACGAAUCCGUUUCCUUUCUUUUUCCCGAAUCCGAGUUUAUUGUAUACACCUUUGGGUUUGGGUGGUUUGAAUCCGUUUACUCUUCAACCGGGAAUGUCUGCGGCUUAUGAUACUUUGGCUCAACAGUGUGGUUUGUUGAAUGGUAGUUUGAAUCCGUCUGCUUCGCCUAAUUCAUCUAUGAAAACAAGCAAAUCGAGUAGUUCGUCUAGACCGAGCUCUUCGUCGACUGUAACAACAGCAACAACCUCUUCGUCGAGUAUGAAACCAACGAGAAGUAGUCGGGAAGCACAAUUGCAACAAUUACUACUUCCUCCUGAUACACAAAUUUUGGAAAGUAUAUCAAAGGCAGCGAGUUCACUCGAUGCCAGUUUAAAACAAUCAAAGAGUGAUAAAAAAGAAGAUAAGCGAAAAGCUCUCGAAAGUUUACGAGGUAUGUUACCUACUGAUUUCACAACGUCUCCUGAUAAGUACAAGGAUAAGAAAAGCAUCCCCGGAUUGGCCGAUUUCACAAAAUUAUUAGAACAGACUGGUGGUAGUAGUAAGAAGUCACAAGACCAACAAGUGAAAGAAGCUAUAGAACAAUUGAGUAAAACAAAUCCCGAUUUGAGUACGAAACCAGCAAGUGAGGAAAACUCAAAGCGACCUCGUGAUUCGUCCGAUGGAUCCGAAUCCGUUGAGGAAAACCCCCCUAAAAAGUCGAAAGAGUCUCCGUCUCCUCAUCCCGAGAAUGAUCAAGAAGGCGUGGAUAUCGAGACACUCCUCCCACCGUCGACAGUGGUAAAGACAUUGUGUGUUAACGUGGAGAAAAUGCAAGAUAAGAAGGAGGAGGAAAAGGCGGGACAGAUUCCGCCGCAGCCACCGGUCAAAGACUCAGGAGUGGAGGAAAAGAAGGAGGAGGCGGCAGCAGCUCCAGAAGCCCCGCCUGAGAGUCCGCCGAAGAAGAGCACAAAGCGAACCCGAGGUAAGAGAAAGUCGGGAGAGUUGCCGCCGAUCGAUCCGGAGGCGAUUAUCGAAAAGAAAAAUUUACGGUCGAGUGCUAGUCGGUCGGCAGCGGCAGCAGCUGCACGGGCGGCUGCGGAACAAGCGGCCGCCAAGCAAGCGGAAGCUGAAAAUGCACAAAAACUGCAAGAAGGUAGUGAAAGUGCAUCAUAAAUACCAAAAGUGUAAAUUUGUGACAAAUUGUGGGUAUUUGGUGGACUGUGAUACAUUUGAACUCGACUGGUGUAGUGAAUAGGAUCAUAAGUAUUGCUUUGAAGGUAGUUGAUGGAACUGAAUAAUUACGCUUCAAAUAUUAUGUAUUCCCAUAUUAAUAACAAUGAAUAUUUUUAGGGUAUAAUUACGCUAGCUUAAAGUUUUGAUGAAAUUGUAAUCAAACUGUAAUAAGAUUUAAAAAGUUAACGAAAGUUGCAUCAGAGAGACUCGAAUGUUUUCUAAAAAAAAUUGUAGGAACGUGGGGAAACUGUCAAAGUGAUAAAAUGCUCCUACUUGUAAAUCUUUUUAGUGUUUUAUUUAUGGGUUGAUUAUGUUAUGUAAAUUCGGUCGUGACUUUAUUUUGGAGUUAGGGCUUUUAUCAACUGACGCAGUUUCUGGGAACUGUAUCGAUAUUUUUGACUCUUUUUUUUACAAUUUGUACAUAUAAUAAGUUAGGAUUUUGCAACAAUAAGUUUUUUUAAUGAUGCAGUGUGAAAAGUGUGUAAAUAAACUUUAGUGUUUUUUUUAA